ACUAUGCGGAGUAUGAAACUGCACUAUUUUGCAGUGUUGCAAUGUCACAAGGAGUGCCAAAGAAACACAAUAUCCGUAUAAGUUAUUUCCUGUAGAAGAUCCCACUUAAAAUCCUCCGGAUGAGUUUAAAACAGAAUUGGAAUUAUCUUAAAUAGGAGAGGGACACAAAUCCUUACCUUCUAUCCUUCGAGGCACAAGGCUAGAACAUCAUGAUCAAUGCAUUGGCACGGGAAGGUAAACUCCAAUCUGCGUGGGGUGUUUGAUAAAAUGUUACUGAGAGAUGUGGUUUCUUGGAAUUCAAUGAUAGUCUAUUGACAAUGCGAGUGUCUUCUGAAUCCAAGAAACUCUUUGUAUCAAUGCCGGAGAGGACUGUAGUGUCUUGGAAUUCAAUGAACGCGGGUUGUGUGGAAAAAAAAAAAAAGUAACCUCCUUUUACAACACAUGUAGCAUGGUGAGAAAGGUGAAAUUGUUUGGUCUGGUCGGAUUUACAAGGAAGAGUGUGUAAAGCUCAUGUUUUUGGAGGCAGAAUUUAGCAGAAACAGGUUUGAGAACCAUAAACUACCAAAAGGCCGUGGUAGUACUAGUAUAUGGAACUCUCAUUAAGAAACAUCCCCUACGUGUCAGAGAGACUGUUUCCGAUAGACUGAAAAGGAAGUUUGAGCGGCCCCUUAAAUCUAAUGAAAAUAUAAUACUUACAAGUUAUUUUCUACAUCAGAUUGAUAACUCUCUAGGACUUUAGCAUCAUCACUCCAGUAACUUUAGCGUAGCCUCACUGGUAAAAGUUCUUAAACUGUGUAAUACAAAACUAUGCAUGUGUGACCAUUUAAGAAAUUAACUUUAUUAUUAGCCCUCUUUAAAAUUUUCCCAAAUUACAGUACCAACUUGGAGGCCGCAUAAUCCAUUAGCUAAUGUUAAGAGUGUGUCCUCCUCGUUGGAUUAAAAAGCUGAUUAAUUAGCCCAAGUAUACUACUGAUUAAUUGCUGCCCCACGCAUAGUCCCUUAUCUUUAAUGUUUGUUCGCCAUUUCCUGAGCUCCAAGCUCAAAACUUUCAUACCAUUAAACCUCCCUUGCUGCCAUAGCUUUGAAUGCCAUUUUUCCCGCCGCACGAGCAAACCCUCCAAAUCACCUCAGGAUGUCUACAACUGCAACAUCAGGAUCAACCAACUGGCACGGGAAGGUAAACUCCAUUCUGCUCGGAAGGUGUUUGAUGAAAUGUUACACAGAGAUGUUGUUUCUUGGAAUUCAAUGAUUACAGCCUACUGGCAAAAUGGGUGUCUCAGUGAAUCAAAGAAACUGUUUUUAUCAAUGCCUGAGAGGACUGUAGUGUCUUGGAAUUCGAUGAUCGCAGGUUGCGUGGAAAAUGAUAGCAUUGAUGAUGCUUAUUUAUAUUUUAGCACUAUGCCUGAGAAGAAUGUUGCAUCGUGGAACGCAAUGAUUUCGGGUUAUGUUAAACAUGGUAUGGUAGAGGAGGCGGCGAGGUUGUUUGAUGAGAUGCCUAGAAAGAAUGUGAUUUCUUAUACUGCAAUGACCGAUGGGUAUAUGCAGAAAGGUGAGACUGACAAGGCAAAGUCACUUUUUGACCGUAUGCCACAAAAAAAUGAGGUUUCUUGGACUGUGAUGAUUAAUGGGUAUGUAGAGAACGAGUGUUUCGAUGAGGCAAAAGAGUUGUUUGAAAAGAUGCCAGCUAAGAAUAAGAAUGUUGUUGCGAUUACAGCUAUGGUAGUUGGGUAUUGCAAGGAGGGACGGGUGGAGGAAGGAAGGAUUUUGUUUGAUGGAAUACUAUGUAAAGAUAGUGUUGCUUAUAAUGCCAUGAUUUCAGGUUAUGCACAAAACGGACGCAACGAAGAGGCACUCCAGUUACUUGUAGAGAUGCUUAGGAUGUCUCUUCGACCAGAUCAAUCUUCAUGUCCUUCAGUUCUUUCUGCAUGUGCUGCUCUCGCAUCUCCUUUAGUUGGUAGACAAACUCAUGCAGUUGUUAUUAAAUUUGGGGUAGACUCCGUCGUCUCCACAUGUAAUGCUCUAAUUACUAUGUACAGCAAAUGUGGCAGCAUUUUUGAGUGUGAGUUGGCUUUUGAAUUAAUCACAAGUCCAGACCUUGUUUCUUGGAAUACUAUAAUUGCUGCCUUUGCACAGCACGGGUUGUAUGCGAAAGCAGUUGCAUAUUUGGAGCAAAUGGUUAUCAGAGGAUGUGAACCAGAUGGUAUAACAUUCCUCUGCUUAUUAUCUGCUUGUGCCCAUGCAGGGUUGGUUAGUGAGAGCAUUUCUUGGUUUGAUUCAAUGGUAAAAAACUACAAUAUUACUCCAAGACCGGAGCAUUAUGCUUGUUUAAUUGAUAUACUUGGCCGAGCCGGUCAGCUGGACAAGGCUUACAACAUAAUCCAAGAGAUGCCUUUUGACGCCGAUUUAGCUGCUUGGGGUGCCCUUCUUGCUGGCUGUCGCGCUAAUGCCAACGUAGAACUGGGGCAGCUUGCUGGAGAGAAAGUCAUGGAAUUAGGUGGUGAUAGUUCAGGGCCUUAUAUUAUGUUAUCUAAUAUAUAUGCUGAAGCAGGUAUGUGGGGCGAGGUUACAAGAGUGAGAGGCUUGAUGAAAGAACAUGGCAUCAAAAAGAAACCGGCAUAUAGUUGGACGGAGGUUGAAAAUAAGGUGCAUUAUUUUCUGGGAGGGGAUAUCUCUCAUCCCAGUAUUCAAGAAAUCCGUACAGCACUCAAGCAGAUGAACUUGCAGAUGAAAUUCCAGGAAAAAGUUCUGGACUUCACCGACUUUUACUUCCUGGAUGAACUGGAAUGCACAUGUAAUUAGCAUCUCUAUGUCCAGUAAACUAAUCAAAUUUGGAGAAGUUUGGACUCUCCGUGAAAAUUCAGGAUCACUACUGCCUGAAAUGCUCAUUUAGCACUAAGUUCUUGUCCAAGCAAGAUGAAACUUUUUCACCAGGAGCAUGCCGGAUGCACUAAGAUACCUGCUUUUGAUACUCUGUGGGAAUGAUCGUCUUUAAAUUGGCAGAAUGGUCAUGCUUAUGCAAUUUGGGAAACUGAUAAGACUUUAUAGGCGAUCAGUAUUUAGACCCCGGAAGCUGGAAGAUGUAAGGAAUAGAGGAAGGAUGAUACUGAAACGGAAGGGGGUGUAGGCCCAUGAAUAGAGGAAGGAGAAGGGGGAAAAAGGGAGGCGGCGGCAGUCAUUUCAACAUUGCACUGUUCAGAUUCAGGUUGAUGUUAGAACUAUUAGAUUGUAACUUGAAUCUUAUGGUACUGUUGUUUGUAAAAAAACUGGAGAGCAAAUAAUUUCCAAUGUGGGGUUUUUGGCAUUGGUGUGUGUGAUGCCAAAGUUGUUGCCAUAAGACCAUGUGAUUUUUCCAGAUUUUAAGAAUGUAUUAAUUAUUUUUUUCCUA